AUGGAACAUAGCACCUCUGAACCCUUGAACCAGGAGUGCCAGGAGAAGGGACUUGAACAGUUCAAGCAUGUCGAGAAAGUUGACAGCGUUUCCAAUGAAGACUUUGUGUACGACAAUGACGAGGAGCCUGAGCUUCAUGCGCAGACUUACUUUGCGUUGGCUGCCAUGUUUCUUCUCAACCUCGUCCAAGUCUUCGGUCUACUGGGACCCCCAUCAGGUCUUUCUUAUAUCGAAAAGGAUCUCAACAAUACAGCAAACGGUACAUGGGUACCGAAUGCCCUAUCGCUCGUUCAAGCCGUGCUCGCUCCGAUAAUUUCUUCCGCGUCAGAUACUUUCCAAGCCCGCAAAGCGCUUCUUGUUGGUCCGGCUAUUAUAUCAUUCAUCGGAUGUGCUAUCGCACCCGGUUCAAACAGUAUAUUUCGUUUGAUUGCAGCCCAAGUCUUGAUCGGGUUCGGGUUCGCUACAGUGCCCUUGGCAUACUGUAUCCCUAGUGAGAUUAUCCCACGAAAGUGGCGACCAAUGGCUCAAGCUUUCAUGAAUAUUGCGGCUGCUCUCGGCGCUUGCGCAGGGCCGUUGAUCAUCGGAUCGUUGACUAGGAAGAAUCCGCACACUGGCUGGCGUUACUUCUAUUGGAUUCAGAUGGCACUUUGGGGAAUGACAGCAGUUUGCCUUUUUGUUGGUUACAGACCACCUAAACGACACACUCGCUUUGAUCAUCUGUCAUUCCACGAGAAGAUCGCCCGACUGGAUCUUUUGGGUAUGUUCCUACUCACAGCAGGUCUUACACUGCUAUUGACCGCUCUUAAUCUCGGUGGCGGUCUCUACCCAUGGGUCAGUGGGACAGUAUUGGCGACGUUGAUUAUUGGCAUUCUCACGUUGAUUGCUUUUGGUAUUUACGAGUGGAGAUUUACGACGACUGGAAUCCUUCACCAUGAUCUUUUCAGGGGUGCCAAUCACAGUGGUCGUACCUUUGCAAUUUGCAUUGGUCUUAUUUUCAUUGAAGGAGUUUUCUUGUUCGCCUUUGUCAUCUUUUAUCCAGUCUUGACAACAUCUCUAUUCGAGACAGAUCCUUUUCUUGAUGCUGCCCGCCAACAGCCAUUUUGGAUUGCCUCGGCCUCGAGCACUGUAAUAUAUGGAUAUGCAAGCGUCAAGUUUCGAACUAUUCGGUUUCCCAUGAUUGCUGGAUUUGUCAUUUUCACAAGUGGCAUUGUCGGACUAGCAACAAUUCAGCCCGGUGACGAUAUCAAUGCUCUUGCAUUCGCUGCUCUGACCGGUCUCGGAUUUGGAGCCCCUCUCAUUCUGGUCAUCGCCGGCGUCCAGCUUUCUGUCCCGCAUCAUCUCAUCGCCACAGCCACGGCGGCGACUACUUGCUCUAGAGCUGUUGCCACGGCGGUUUUCACGGCGAUAGCUUCUGCGGCACUGAAUAGUCGACUGGAGAAAUAUAUACCGACGUACACGGUCAAAGCCGCUCUUGAGGCUGGACUUCCAAAAUCUUCUCUUGUCGAGUUUAUCAAAGCUCUUUCAUCUGAAGACACUACCGCACUUCAAGGGGUAGCUGGCGUCACCCCCCACAUUGUGCAAGCAGGAGUCAUGGCUCUCAAGCAAGCUUAUGCGGACGGAAUCAGAGUCGUCUUCAUUAUAGCAGCACCAUUUGGCGUAGUAGCUAUCCUGGCUGCGAUCUUCUUGGGUGAUUUGAAGAGCGUUAUGAAUUAUGGAGUCGAUGCCCCAGUCGAGCAUCUUCAUGCAAAACGUCCCAGAUCGACAAAUGUAUAG